AUGACGAGCUUGGCCAUGGCUUCUCUCACACUGUCACUGUCACUCUCAAAGCCUGCCUCUUCUUCUUCCUCCUCCUCUCACUUUCAUCAACAAUUUCGAACCAGAGCUUCUUCCUCUGCUGCUCCUGGUGUCGACCUCAACACCCUUCAAUCCGCCAUUGCAAAGAAAGAUAGCAGUGCGGUUAAAGAGGCACUUGAUCAGCUAAGUGAAGUUGGUUGGGCCAAGAAAUGGAGUUCUCAGCCCUAUGUCUCACGGCGUACGACAUCGCUUAGGGAGCUGACAACCCUUGGAAUUAAAAAUGCAGAAACUCUUGCGGUUCCCAGCGUCAGAAAUGAUGCGGCUUUUCUAUUCACCGUGGUGGGGACGACAGGAUUCUUAGGUCUUCUUGCUGGCCAACUUCCUGGGGACUGGGGCUUUUUUGUGCCAUACUUGCUUGGGAGCAUCUCUUUAAUAGUUUUGGGUGUGGGAAGCACUGCCCCUGGGCUUCUUCAAGCUGCCAUAUCUAGCUUUUCAUCAUUUUUCCCAGAUUAUCAAGAAAGAAUUGCUAGACAUGAAGCUGCUCAUUUUUUAGUUGCUUAUUUGCUGGGCCUUCCUAUUCUGGGGUAUUCUUUAGAUAUUGGCAAAGAGCAUGUCAAUCUUAUUGACGAAAGGCUGGAAAAGCUGAUAUACAGUGGGCAGCUUGAUGCAAAGGAACUAGACAGGUUGGCAGUGGUAGCAAUGGCUGGACUUGCAGCAGAAGGUCUGACAUAUGACAAAGUGAUUGGUCAAUCAGCUGAUCUUUUCAGUCUUCAGAGAUUUAUCAACAGAAGCAAGCCACAGCUUAGCAAAGAACAGCAACAAAAUCUUACUAGAUGGGCUGUUUUGUUUGCUGGGUCUCUCUUAAAAAAUGACAAGGAAAUUCAUGAAGCCUUAAUAACGGCAAUGUCAAACAAGGCAACUAUACUGGAAUGCAUCGAAGCAAUUGAGAAAGCUGCUUGA